AUGAAAAUGCGUGGCGUCAAGUACUUCCAUGUGUACUGCAUCGACAACAUCCUCUGCAAGGUGGCAGACCCACAUUGGCCGAUAUUUGUAUUGUCGAAACCAUGCAGAUGUUCUAACGAAGAGGCCGAUAGUCUUAAGGGGAAUCUUACCUGUUUCAUAAAUGAGGAGAUCUGUAAAAUCCUGUGA